UUGCAGGACGAGGAAUGGACCACUCUGCGCGACGCCGUCCAGGCCAUCUAUGCCAAGCAAGCCAUCAAUCAAACUCUGCAGUCGCUGACCCUCCUGGUUGAGCGCUUGCAUCACAAGCGCCAAAGCCCCGAGGUGUAUAAACGCCUCAAGACUCUGAUGCGCGACCACCUGAUCGGCGAGCAGCCACGGCUGCGCCAAGCCGUGGCUGUGGACAGCCAUGACGUGGCCAACCUUUUUCGCCUCACCUGGGAGGACCACAUCCAGGCAAUGAUGAUGAUCCAGAGCAUCUUUGUAACUCUUGAUCGACUUUACGCACAGAAGACUCGGGGCAUCGACCUCCUCUGGCUGGUGGGUAUCCAGCUAUUCAAAGAACACAUCCUCCAGGAAGACAAAAAUCUGGACCGAGUAACCCGCGCGAUAUUGGAUGAAAUUCAAAAGGAGCGCACGGGCCAAUUGGCCAACGCCCAACUGCGCCCCUUGUGCCAAAUGCUCAUCGCCACCAAGCUCUAUCGCGUUCUGGAGACCGGACUUUUGAGUGCAACACAGAGUUUUUACCGACACGACGGCAUCGAGCGCAUUGCUCGAGAUCCGCUGGACCAGUAUAUCGUUCAUGUCACUUCGCGCUUGCGUGAAGAGGAGGAGCGAGCGCGUUUCAUGUUGGCUGUGGCAACGCGCCGCCCCCUCCUCGCCUUGAUUGAACAAACCCUUUUGUUGGAGCCUCUUGACCUCGUGCUUGGAGAAGGCUUCUUCACCCUGUUGGAGGCAGAUGAUUACAAACACCUCAACAUGUUGUUUGUUCUGAUUGAGCGGGUUGAGCGCCAAACUCAAUUUCAAUCAGCGCUCAGCAAGUACGUUGAGCUCAAGGGUGCUGAAAUCGUUGGCAACCCUGACAACGACAAGGAAAUGGUGGACAAUCUGCUCGCGUUUUUUGACAAGAUGCACCGAAUCUUGGCCCAAGCCUGUGGGAAUGACGCAGACACAGACCAGGCAAUUGAGAUGUCGUUUGAGCGCUUUAUUAACAAGCGCCAGAAUAAACCAGCCGAAAUGGUCGCCAAGUUUAUGGAUGCCAAGCUGCGGGCUGGUUACAAGGACUCAACCGAAGAAGAGUUUGAGGCAUCCAUGAACAAGGUGCUGCACAUCUUUCGUUUCAUCAAUGGCAAAGACGUGUUUGAGGCGUUUUACAAGUCGCACCUUGCGCGGCGCCUAUUGCACGACAAGAGUGCGAGCACGGAUCUGGAGCGCGCCAUGCUGUCCAAGCUCAAGCAGGAGUGUGGCGCAUCCUUUACAGCCAACCUGGAGGGCAUGUUCAAGGAUGUGACCAUUUCGCAGCAACUGGAUGCCGAAUUCCAAAACUUUCGUCGUGAUACCGUUUCAGACUCACCCCUGGAGCUGCACGUGCAAGUGCUGACCCAGUCAUACUGGCCCGCUUACGCAAAGCUACCGCUGAACCUGCCACAGAAGAUGAUCCAAGCGCAGGAACUCUUCCAACAAUUUUACUGUCAAAAACACUCGAGUCGCCAGCUGUCGUGGCAGACCUCGCAGGGUGACUGUCUCGUCAAGGCCGGCUUCAAGAAGGGCAACAAGGAACUUCAGCUGUCGCUGUCGCAGGCGCUCAUGCUGCUUUGCUUCAACGAUGCCGCUGAGCUCAGCGUCAAAGAGAUUGCCGAUCUCACUAACCUGGAGGGCAAGGAGCUGCACCGGACGGUCUUAUCCAUGACGCUUGGCAAGGUGCGGGUCUUGGAGAAGAACACCAAGACCAAAGAGGUAGCGCCAGAGGACCGAAUUAGCAUCAACGAGAAGUUUUCCAAUCAGCGCAAGCGCAUCAAGAUCAAUCAGAUUCAACUGAAAGAGACGGCGGAGGAACAGGAAGCAACUUCGAAAAAGGUGUUCAAGGAUCGUAUUUACACGAUUGAUGCUGCCAUUGUGCGCAUCAUGAAGACACGCAAGACUCUCCGUCACCAAUUGCUCAUGUCUGGUGUGCUGGAGCAACUCAAAUUUCCGGUCAAGCCGGUAGACAUCAAGAAACGGAUUGAAUCCCUCAUUGAUCGUGACUAUCUUGAGCGCAGCGCAGAUGAUGCCGGUGUGUACAACUACUUGGCUUAG